AUGAACUGCCAGAAAUGCCGCCAGCCUCUUAGGCUGGACGGAUCCCUCGAGGACCUCAACCCAGCCGCCUACGAUGUGCUCGUUUCAUCUACAUCUCCCCAGACCCUCAAGAAAUCAACUGUGACGAGCCCACCGAUUACGCAACCACAAGAGCAAGCGCGCAAGUCUCUAUACGAAACAGUUUCAAGAAAUACCGGGCCACCGACGUUCAAGCGCAACCAUGGAGGGCAUCCCCGCGAUUCCUCUAUGUCUUUUGUUUUGUUGUCAGAGUCCCAAAUGACUCACCCGAGUCAGCCUACAGAGUCUCCCGCUAUGCCAACACCACUGCGCCGCGCCAGCUCUGCCAGAAGUAAUGGGGAUAACGUCGACGCGCCAGUUGGAAACGAGAUGGAUAGGGUCAACCGACUUUUCGAAAUUCUAUCUGCGCGAUCCGAUAUCGACCACCCUAUCUGCGUUGAAUGUACGGAAAUGCUUGUUGAGGGCCUACAGAAGAAGCUAGAGGUUGCUUCACGCGAAAGAGACGCCUAUGUUAAACACCUGAAGGAGGCGAAAGCAAACAAGCCAAGCGAAGAAGAUAUGAAAGCUCAAGAGGAAGCGCUGAGAAAAGCUGAGCAGGACAGAGCAACAGCUAUGGAAGAGCUGAAAAAGCUGGAGUCGGAAAAGACUUCCUUAGAUGAGGAACUUGUAGCUCUUGAGGAGGAGUCGCGACAACUAGACAAAGAGGAGGAGAAGUUCUGGAGGGAACGAAACGAGUUUGCCACCAAGAUGUGUGAAUUCCAGGCGGAAAAGGACAGCAUCAACGCCAAGUACAGCAACGACUCCCAGCUCCUAGAAAAGCUGCAGCGAUCUAACGUAUAUAAUGACACCUUUUGUAUCAGCCACGAUGGGAGCUUUGCGACGAUCAACGGUCUUCGGCUUGGCCGUCUCUCCAACAAACCGGUAGAUUGGCCAGAAAUCAACGCCGCAUGGGGACACGCGCUGCUACUCUUGGUGACUGUUGCGGACAAACUUUCCUACAGAUUUGAUGGAUAUGACCCGCAGCCUAUGGGAAGCACCUCAAGAAUCAUCCGAUACGAAGUACCAAGCCCUUCUUCCAGUCGAAUAGGCAGUCGUGCUGUCAAUGCCCCCCCAAAGAAGCAUGUACUCGAGUUGUACAGCUCUGGAGAUAUGCCUCUAGGAUUAACCUUCAUGCACCGACGCUUUGAUAACGCCAUGGUUGGGUUUUUGGAGCUUGUGCGACAGCUGGGCGCGUAUGUGCAUAGGCAAACAGAAGCAACUGGUACACCUCUUAGCUUGCCAUAUAAGAUUGACGGCGACAAGAUUGGGGAUGUCAGCAUCAAACUCGGCAUUGCGCAAGAUGACGGAUGGACGAAGGCGUGCAAGCUGACAUUGACCUGUUGUAAGUUUCUGCUCGCGCACGCCAGCAACGUCACCUCCAACGCAAGGAACGGUGGGAACUGA